AGAAGCAGAUUGGUGUGGUGCUGUGGUGUCACCUCUCAGUCAGAGCCCUGCCCCAGCAGCGCUUGGCUGUGCUGCAGGACACAGCCCAACAACCCAACCUCAGCCAAAACAACCCAGAUCGGACUGAGAGGUGCCCACAGCUGUGUCUGGAGAGGAUGUGCUGAGGAGGAAACACACAAGUGCACAACGAGGAUAAUUUUUCUUGAAUGAGAAGGGCGAACAGAGACAUUGUAACCUUCAGCCAGAAUGUUGUCUUACCUCUGCCUGAGCUGGGUUCUCCUGGUGCUGUUCACAGGCUCCACAGUGUCGGAAUUAGUUGUGAUAGGAGAGGUUGGUCAGGAUGUCACUGUGCCCUGCCGCUACAGUGUCCGGGACAGGAAUGGCCUCACGUCCAUGUGCUGGGGCCGGGACAGGUGCCCCAGUUCAAAGUGCUCCCGGCCCAUUAUCUGGACAGACGGCUGGAGGGUGACAGAGAGGCACAGCAGCAGGUACCAGCUCAAAGGGGACCUGCAGAGCGGGGACGUGUCCCUGACCAUCGUGGGGGCCAGGGAAGCAGACUCUGGGAUCUACUGCUGUCGUGUGGAGCUCCCAGGGUGGUUCAAUGAUCAACUCAUUAAUCACAAGGUUGUGAUAAAGAAAGCAAGAAUCUCUACUGCAAGUCCUCACACUUACACCUCUGAACAGACCUCAGGUCCUGGCAGCCCCAGUGACUCCUCCUCUGCUGUCACAAGGACCUGGCCAUCGCUCUCUGCUCCAGAAGCUCCUCACACUGCCUCUACUCCCUGCUCAGACCCCUCAGACUGCCUGGAUGUGGCUGCAGACCUGCAGAACACAUCCGUGUCCCUUCCCAGCCAGCAGCACCCAGAGCCUGGGCUGUACAUUGGGAUUGGCUCAUGUGCAGCUCUUCUGCUCAUCCUGAUCUUGGCUCUGUUCCUCACUAAACAAUAUUUUUACAACACAAAGAAGAUGGGUGGUUUUGCAGGCUUUGUUACAUUUCGAAGGCCACAAGGUGUGGGGAGCCACAGUGCCCUGGAAGAUGAGAAUCAUGCAGAGGAAAAUGUUUAUAUCAUCUGUGUGGCCCAGCCCUGCCCAAAUGGGGCUGAACCCAGCAGGAGAUCCCCUCCUGGGCCAGUUCCUAUCCGGAAGGGCAGGAAAGAAACCCUUGCAGCAUGUAAAAUCUGGAAAUGGAGAAAUGAGACUGCAGUGGGCUCACUCAGCUCCUCUGGAAAGGAUAAGGUCUGGUUUCCUCUCCUUCCACUCCCUGCCCUGCUGUCUCCAUCAGCCAGAAUGUCCCAUUUUGUGCUGUUUCACUGGAUGAUGAUACAGAUCUUUAUAGCACACACCGUGUCCCAGGCUGUUGUCAGAGGAACGGUGGGACAGCCUGUGACCCUGCCCUGCUCCUACCGCGUGACGCGGCUCAAGGACAUCUCCGACAUGUGCUGGGGCAGAGGCCCCUGCCCGAAUUCCAAGUGCAGCAGAGGAAUCUUGUACACCACGGGCAGCAGGGUGACAUCCAGAGCAUCCCAGAGGUACAACCUGCAUGGCCGUGUGUCCUCCGGGGACGUGUCCCUGACGAUCGCGGCGGCGCGGGCGGAUGACGCGGGGAUCUACUGCUGCCGCGUGGAGAUCCCCGGGCUCUUCAACGACAUCAAGAGGAACAUUCGGCUGGAGCUGGCCACAGCCCCUCCAGUGACCACCACCACCACAACCACCACCACAACCACCACCACGACCACCACCACAAGAAAAGCUCCUGUUUUCUCCGAACAUUUUACAGAAACUUUUGCUCCUCAAACAACCACUGAUCUCCAGCCAACACCAGAGACUGCAGUCCUGCUGACAACCAGCACCUUUCCACCAGAAACCACAGCCUCCGAGUCUCCAGCAGUAACUACAGGGGAGACCUUUGCUCCCACAACAACUGCUGUGACAGAAAAUGAUAUUUUUCCUGUAUCUAUGCUGGAAAUGAGUACUCCCCCAGAUUUUCUGACUACUUCCCAAGCAGCUGAUGUGACAACUGAAGGUGUCAUGUUCUGCUCCACGCUCCCUGGAAGUGCAGAGGUGACUACUGAAUUCCCAGGUACACUUCCAGCUGCAGAGGAAACCACCUCUGCCAUGAUGGAAGAGAUGUCAGUCAUGGAGGUUUCAGCAAACUCAGAUGGCAAUGCUGGGAAACAUGAAGAUAGAGCAGAUAAGGUAAAACCUCCUUCUCCCAGCUCUGCCAUUCUCACUGCCUGUGUCAUAGCCGGGUCCAUCCUUUUCAUCCUGACGGUCUCGUUGGUUUGGAAACGUAAACACACAAAGAAGUUUAUAGCAAAAAGUGUUGGACCACUAGAAGAGGCUGACAAAGUUUUUAGUGGUGCUGAAGGAGAAAACAACAUUUUUUCCCUGUGAAGAGCUCCUACAUCAUCUGCAGAUGCCAUGGGAAAUAAAAAGGGCCCAAUCCAUGCUGCACUGAGAGAUACUUGUGAGCCCUCAAAAUAUCAGCGGGUAUAAAACAAAGGCCAAAGCUUCAACUAUGAAAACUAUGAAAAUUUAAAAUCUUUGUGCAAAUUUUUCCCAUUGCAUAAAGAAGCUUAUUUGAGAAGGGGCUUUAUGCAUUAUUCAUGGAUACUUCUGGCAUCUGCCUUUUUACUAACACCAUGUUGCACAAUUGAAUUUGUUUUUCUCCAUUUUUACUAAUGCCCUUCCUUGAAUACAACUUGUAAUGUGAGGAACAGAAGAGAUCACAUGGAAGGCUGCCUAUCUUCAAAUUGCCAUAAAGAAAGAAAAGGAAUCAUAGAAUACAGUUUUUAAUGCUUUUAUGUAAUCAACAGAAAAAUUAAGCAACAAGAAUGCUGUGAGUUUAAAUCAAAAAUGCAGAUUACUGAAGGGGUAUCACUACUGCCUGUGAUUCAGCAUGUUUGAAUAACCCUUUGAGAAUAUGUUAAUAAACUUUGUAAUUUGUCGCUGGCAA